AUGGCUCCUGCUCCUGCGGCCGCGCGACCUCCGCGGUGGAAGACCGCGUCCCCACCCUGGGGGGUACAACAGAAGCAGCAGUGGCAGGCCUGGCGCGACAUCGGCUCUGACGACGACGUCGAGGGCUGGCACCAGGUGGGGCAAGCUGGACGAGGACCGCAGUGCAGCAAGUGCGGCUGCAAGAAGAACACCAAGGGCAGCAAAUUCUGCAAGGCCUGCGGCCACAAGCUCUCGGACAUCAGCCCAGCCGUCGCUGCUGAACCCGCUGGCGUCUGGAGCGAGCAGCGCGGGCAACAGCUCGGUGAUGCGGCUGGCAAGGACGGCAAAGGUGGCAAGAAGGGCAAGAACAGCAAGGACACGGGCAAAGGUGACGGCGGCAAAGGUGGAAAAGGUGGACGUGGUGACGGAGGUGCAGGUGGCGAUCCAGCCAAGCUUCCUCGGGCACCUGGUGCACAGCUCCUGGUGGCCAAGGAUGGCCCCUCUGUGGAGCUCGAGACUCACGAGCUGGAGCAGCUGGCGGCCACUUUGGAGAAGCUGGGAGACACGGUCAGCCUCGCGAAGCAUAGGCGCACCCUUCAAGAGCGGCGCAGACUCCAGCAGGAGGCGCUCUACGUGCCGCCGUUAUCGCAGAGGGUCACUCAGGCCCACAAGCAGGUGCAGGACGUCGCGCAGAAGCUGGAGAAGGCGGUCAUGCACUUCGAGCGGCUCGAAGAAGGCCUCGAAAGCCAGCGUCGUUGGGUCCAAUCUCUCUGCGAGGACAUGGAGACGAAGAAGGCUGAGCACCGCAAGCUGGUGGUGGAGCUCAAUCGCCAGGUGGUCGACAUCAGCCAGGAUUCAGCUCCUGCAGUUGCCCCCAUCAGCGUGGCUGGCAUCUUGGACGGCUCCAUCGAGGAGAUCCCUCUCUCGUUUGCUGGCCUGGGGUUCGACGACGCUGAAUAUGAGAUGGAUGCAAAUGACAAGAAGGAGCUGGCAGAUCGCAGCGCCCGUCUCAAGAGUGAGCUGUCCAAAGCGGCCAAGCAAAUGUUCGGGCAGGCGGCGGAGAGGGCCAAGCUCUUCAAGGAGGAGCAGGAGGCCAUGGCGCUACGGCUGGCUGGCAAGAGGCGGCCUCUGCCUGAGGGGGCAGACCCCAUGGACGAGGUGGCUGAGUGCGAUCGGCGAACGCCCUUGGCCGAGGCAGCUGGAUCUCUUCGGCCAGCUGACCGUUUCUGGAGCAACAAGAUCGUGGACCUCGACUGGCCUCAGGUCGGGGGGUUCCUGGUCCCUGCCCUUGAUCGCCCAGACGAGGGCACAUCGAUGGUAGGCAAGCAGCACUGCAAGCAGCUGCAUGCCAAGCCCGAGGGCGUCAUGCCUGAGCCCUUGGGGCGGGGGCCUGAAGCGAUGGGGCUUCCACCUGAUGUCGCAGAUCCUGAUCGUCAGCAGGCCAUCCAGGACUUCGCUGACAUGAGGGCGGACCUCAGGGACUGGGCUGCCGCCUGGUUCGACUCGCACACUGAGCUGGAGACCGACAGCGGGCACUGGAGGCGCUGGUGCAAGGCUUUCCUGAGCGCGAUGCUCGCUGACGGCGGGAGCGAGCCGCUCAGGCGCCUGCUGAGGAGCUGGUUUCCUGGCAGAGACUUGGACAGCAUCCUGGACGAGCUCUGCCUCAGCGGCUGGAGGCAGGCUGAGCCCCGCCGCAUCGCCUUCUUGGACAGGCUCAACAGAG